AUGAAAAUGUCUUCUGAAAACUUUGCAAUGGGAAUUUUCCUCUUCUCUCAGAUUACAGUGGGAAUGCUUGGCAAUUCCUCAGUACUAUUUCAUUACAUCAUUUUAAUACACACUGGGAAGCAUUUAAUGCCCAAAGACCUGAUUAUAGAGCAUUUGACUUUUGCCAACUGCUUGUCUAUCAUCUCAAAAGGCAUUCCACAGACAAUGUCAGAUUUGGGAUUUAAGGAUUUUCUAGAUGACAUCGGAUGUAAAUUGAUAAUGUAUAUUUCUCAAAUAACAAGGGGAGUGUCCCUUUAUGCCAUGUGCCUACUGAAUUGUUUCCAAGCAAUAAUAAUCAGCAUCAGCAACUCCAGGUGGAUGAAGCUUAAAUACAGAGCAACCAAGUACAUUGGUCCCUCCUGCUCGGUCAGUUGGCUUGUGCACCUGGUUCUAAACAUCUUUAUUCCAGCAAGAGUGUUAGGCCCCAGUUACAAGAAAAAUGCUACUAACUGGGUGAGUUAUGAAUACUGCUCAUUGUUUCCUUCUAGCAGUAUGACAACUGUACUAUAUAUGUCCUUACUGUCCUUCUCUGAUGUCCUGUGUCUGAGUCUCAUGGCCUGUGCAAGUGUCUCCAUGAUACAUAUCCUCUACAAACAUAAGAGACAAGUCAAGCAUGUACACAGUACUCAGCACUUUCUAAAAGUCUCACCUGAAGACAGAGCCACCCAAACUAUCCUCAUCUUGUUGUGCAUGUUUGUCAUCUCUUACUCAUUCUCUUCUGUUCUGACUGUCUUACGGACUUGCUCCAAAUACCCAGUGCUCUGGGGAGUAAAUGUAUUUACAUUUAUUGAAAUAUCCUUUCCCAUAUUUUGUCCCUUUGUUCUUAUCAUGAAUAUGAAGUCUAGUUUUAUUCUGUUUUUACCCUGCUUUGGUAAGAGAUAG